GAGAAGACAACGAUUUGUUAUCAACCAGUGUAAAAAUAAAAUUUCAAGAUCAUUAUUACUUAAAUAUUUCGAAAUGGGAUUCAAGAAUAUUUCAUCUCUUGUAUCGGUGAUGGUCUUUGCUCUUAUCGUUCUACCCAUGAUUUCAGGACAAACAGGACAAAACAUGCAAUGUUUUUCAGGAAUAGCAUGUACAAACACAGAUACAUGCAAUGAUUAUUGCAAACCUAGAAAUAACAACUUAGGAGGGGUUUGUCUUGUUGGCCUCAACUGUUGUUGCUGCUAUGUUGCUGUCGCCGAAUCUCAAGAGUCUUCCAUUUCUAAGAAUAACAAUAAUGUAUUAAUUACUAAUUAGUUCAUCAUUUUAUAUGUAUUUUUUGUUGUUACAAAAAAAUAUGUAUUCUGUAUUAUCA